AUGGCCGGCCUGUCUUCUUUUCAUUUGCCGUUUUCUCGUUUCGCCAAAGCCGCGUUGCCGCUAUCUGGCGGCAUCUCCGUAUGCAAAUGGGGGACACCGCGCUCCGCGUCCGCUACACGUUGGUACGCAAAGAGCUCCUCGAUCUCACCAGCCGAGAGCUCUCACUCCAGCCUUGAGAGGUAUAAAGAUCUACAGAGGUAUUUCAACAGGAGAAUUAGGGCAACAUACCGCAGGUUCUCUGAUAUACCUGACAAUUCACUGGUCUAUGGACUUCACCAUGUGUAUUGUGUGGAGGGCGAUCGAAUCUACAGAAUGGACAGGAGACAGAGUAAGUUUGAACCUGAGCCAGAACAGGUGUUAUGUCUGGGACAGUGCUCCACUGGAGAAAAUCAAAGACACCAAAAGGAGGAGAUGAAGGAGAAAGAGGAAGAAUGGACCAUCCAGCGAGUGCGACUGUCCCCUCAGGAGAAGCACCUUGCUGCCACGUUGAAGAACAUUCACAGGGAGGAGCCAAGGUGUGUUGUGGUAAGGCUAAGAGAAGAAGCCUCUGCCUGUUCCCUGGAUCUCCCGCAGACCAUUCUCACACUGGACAAAGUGUUCACCUUCGAGUGGGCCACAGACACGGUCCUGUUUUACACCACUCAGGAGGGUCUACGCUGUAGCAGAGUAUUUCGUUUGGACCUGACUUCCAAUGGAAGCAGGAUAACUCCGGUGUAUGAAGACACACAGGCUGACACGUUUGUGGAAGUGGCCCUUUCCAGAGACAAACAUAUGCUUACUAUUAACUGCAACAGCAAGACCAGUUCAGAGGUGUGGUUUAUAGAUGUAACCAUGCCCAGCUUGCAACCCAUCCUUGUUCAACCACGCCAACCGGACCUGUUGUACCAUGUAGAGCACUGGAGAGGUUGGCUGGUUAUACUGGCUAAUACAAGCCCUGGACAGGAGUACCAGGUGCUGAAGGCCCCUCUUUCAGAGCCGUCCAUGAUGUCAUGGGUGCCUUUGUAUGUACCUGAUCCUGGCUCUGCAGUCCGAGACUUGGAGGUGGCAGGCGACCACUGCGUGUUGACAACAAGAGUAACAACUGGUGAACUGGUCCUGACCGUGGUCCCACUGGCCCAACCCAAGCAGACAUACAGUAUACAACUCCCCUCCUGGGCCUGCACCGCUGCAACUAAAAGACCAGACGUUGCAAACAUACACAGAGUGCUAGAGUUCCUGCUCUCAUCUCCAGUCCACCCGCCAGUGCCAUAUCAUCUCUACCCCAAGGAUGGCUUUCUUUUAUUGGGCACAGAAGAAGAAGGGACCCCUCCAGAGGACUUGAGUGGGAGCAAAUACUUCACCACACGCUUGGAGGCCCAUGGCCAGGACGACACCCUGGUGCCCGUGACUUUGUUCCAUGCUGUACCUGUGGCAUGUUUGAGGGAGGCGCCACUGCUCGUUCAUGUGUAUGGAUCGUAUGGCAGGGAUCUCAACAUGGACUUCUGCCCAGAGAGAAGGCUACUGUUGGAGCAGGGCUGGGCACUGGCCUAUUGCCACAUUAGGGGUGGAGGGGAGCGGGGUCUGUCCUGGCACAAGCAGGCUCGUAUGGGAGGGAAGCAAAAAGGAGUAGCGGACCUCCUGGCCUGUUUAUAUUACCUUUUCUCCUUGGGAGUUUCCUCCCCCUUGCUGACUGCCCUUACUGCCUGCAGUGCUGGGGCUGUGCCAGUGGGGGCGCUGUGCAAUACACACCCACACCUGAUGCGCGCUGUCACGCUGCAGGCUCCAUUUCUGGAUGUGUUGGGUACAAUGGAAGACCCGGGACUGCCUCUGACUGUGGAGGAGAGAGAGGAGUGGGGAGACCCUCUGGCAGACCCCCAGCACAGACUCAAUAUCACGUCAUACUGUCCCCUUCACAACAUUACUCCUCAGCUUUACCCCUCCGUGCUGCUGACUGCCUAUAGGGGGGAUGCCAGGGUGCCAUUAAGUGGAAUAGUCAAGUAUACUGAGAAACUGAACAAAGCCAUUCAGACACACUUCAGUACUCACCCUGGAUCAGAAUGUGAGCCAAGGCCUAAUGUGGUUCUCAAUAUACAACCUGGAGCAGACCACUUUGGACCAGAAGACUUUGGGCUGAUGCUGGAGGAGAUGGCGCUCCAGCUGGCCUUCCUCUACACGGAGCUGGGCCUGCAACCUCCUCGACAUCCACGGAAGAGGAAGAGAUAGCUGAACCACAGGAAGGGGUCCAACCACAGUCAACCAAAUAGCUAACAUUCACACUAAAGUGGCCGCUACUACCAGUCAAAGCUGAGGCCGGACCCUCAAAGACAUCAGCCCUACAGAAGAAAGUCAGAAUGCCAAUGGCAUGAUCCAGAGUUCUUUACUUUGUCAAGCUAAAUACAAAAUAGGUAUUGUCGAGGAAGGACAAUGAUUUAUGUUUAGAAGUUCACAUUCUUAACAUAUUAGAAAGAUGGAAAACAACAGUAUAAAAGUAUUUAUUUGAAUGAGCGGAAUCUUUUUUUUACUGCUAUCAAGGAAAAGUUGAUGACAUACAGCUCCAGUGGAAUGGCAUCAACAUGACGGUUCGAUUUGGCCGUGCUGAAUGUACAGAUGGGAA